ACUGCUAGGGUAACAUAGGGUCCAGUCAGAGUACACUGUAUUCUGUACCUAAUGAAAUUACAGAUGGGACAAGCAAAGGGGACAAUAGAAAAAAUAUAACAACGUUAAGCAAAGCAUCUUCAAUGAAGACAAAUUCAAAACGAACAUAUUGUGGUAUGGGACUAUUUUUUGUAACUCCUGUGGAAUAAUGGAAUUUCGUUUUUUAUAAAUUUAUGGUGAUAUGGAGUAAAAGUCCGCCAUAUUCACUCACCACACCCGGAGUUCAACUAUUGGAGGCCUACCUCCUCGACCCAAAAGUAAGUGUUAUCAAGAGAGUCAUGACUUUGGGCUCCGUAGGGGCCUGUUGCCUCAGCGAAGAGGGAAAGGAGGCUCGACGGAUCAACGACGAGAUCGAAAGACAGCUUCGCCGAGACAAGAAAGACUCGCGUCGCGAGUUUAAGCUGUUGCUUCUCGGGACUGGUGAGAGUGGGAAGAGUACCUUCAUCAAGCAGAUGAGGAUCAUCCAUGGGACGGGCUACUCCGAGGAGGACAAGCGAGGCUUCACCAAGCUGGUGUACCAGAACAUCUUCACUGCCAUGCAGUCCAUGAUCCACGCUAUGGAGACCCUUCAGAUCCCUUAUAAGUGUGAAGACAACCAGGGUCAUGCAAAUAUUGUCAUUGAAGUGGACGUAGAGAAGGUCACAAUGUUUACAAAUCCGUACGUUGACGCCAUUAAGAGUCUAUGGAAUGACUCAGGGAUCCAGGAAUGCUACGAUAGGAAGAGGGAAUACCAGCUCUCAGACUCUGCCAAAUACUACUUGAAUGCACUGGACCGUAUAGCUGAGUCAUCUUAUGUGCCGACCCAGCAAGAUGUGCUCAGGGUCAGGGUCCCUACCACAGGCAUCAUAGAGUACCCCUUUGACCUCCAGAGUGUGGUCUUCAGGAUGGUGGAUGUAGGUGGCCAGAGGUCCGAGAGGCGGAAAUGGAUCCACUGCUUUGAGAAUGUCACCUCCAUCAUGUUCCUGGUGGCUCUCAGUGAAUAUGACCAGGUCCUGGUAGAAUCUGACAAUGAGAAUCGAAUGGAGGAAAGCAAAGCAUUGUUCAGGACAAUAAUAACCUACCCGUGGUUUAAAGAUUCCUCAAUCAUUCUAUUCUUGAAUAAGAUUGACUUAAUGCAAGAGAAAAUUUUGUUCUCACAUCUGGUGGAUUACUUCCCUGAAUAUGAUGGGCCCCAGCGGGACCCACAGGCAGGAAGAGAAUUCAUCUUGAAGAUGUUUGUGGACCUGAAUCCAGAUUGCGAUAAAAUCUACUCGCACUUCACCUGUGCCACUGACACGGAGAACAUUCGAUUUGUCUUUGCCGCCGUCAAGGACUUCAUUCUGCAACUGAAUCUGAAGGAGUACAACCUGGUUUAAAGGCUCCAGCUGAAUCUGAAGUAGUACAACCUGGUUUAAAGGCUCCAGCUGAAUCUGAAGUAGUACAACCUGGAUUAAAGAAUCCAGCUGAAUUUUACGGAGUACAACCUGGUUUAAAGACUCCAGCCGACCGCAGUUACAGACUCUUUAAUGCAAUGUGAAGGAGUACAACCUGGUUUAAAGACUCCAGCCGACCGCAGUUACAGACUCUUUAAUGCAAUCUACUCCAAAAGCUGCAGAGACCAGGGCCUGGAGCCAUAGUACAGAUAGACUACUUCAGUAUGUCUGGUUGUCUUUCACUACGGUGAAACCCUACAGAGAAUUUACAUACAUGACUGUAUUAUUUCAACUGUUCACCACUGCAUUAUUUUUUUGUUUAUGGGUAUCUUUGAUUUUGUUCACGAGGUGCAUCGUGAUAAUGAAUAUUACUGUGCCUUUUUGAGGAGAGAGGAUUCUGGUGUACAUUGAGAGUUAUUGAUAACUCUUUGUAAAUCGUUUAAAACACAUUAUAACAGUGUAAACACACAUUUCAUCAGAUGAGAGUUAAAAAGUGCUUUGAUGUGCCUGGUGUCUCUCUGAGGACUGUUGACCGACGGCUCUCUUGUCAAAGAAAGUCUGGUGGACAUUUAGAUAACUGCUAUGAAUCACCUCACCUUACAUCCUCCAGUGGGUCAUAGUCACACUAGUGUUACCCCUAUAUGCAUUUAGCAGGGGUGCACCGCCACUACAAAAAAACUAAAAAAUGUAGAUGUAUAGAUGUAGAAUAGAUGUAUGCCCUCCCCACCUCCCGCAGAAGGACCCCAUGAAGGCCCCAAACACGGCACAGUCUAUAAUGUGUUUUUUGUAUUGAGACGUGGUUUAAAUACAUUGUUUACGUAUUUAAAAUGAGUAGUGAUUCUCUGGGUCAGAGGAUAGAAGAAACAGUCAUAAUCAUCACCUAGAACACGUAAACUAGCAAACAGGUAUUAUUUGCACAAUUGACACAUUUUGUUGUUUUUUCUAUUGGUGUAUAGCUAAGUGUUGCCAAAUUAAUAUUACCUCUAUUGACUGAACACCCUCUACAGAAGGGUGAAAUCUGACACUGUACCAUCAAAUUUCAGCCAAAACGCAUUUGACUAUCAACACUUUUCAGUUGUGAUACUGUACAUGUCAACUACCAGUGUUAUAAAAUAAGCAUAUUAGCUCCCACUAAACGGUGCAUCUUGAUACUGUUCCUCAUCCAAUGAGGGAAUGUUAUCACAUUUACACAAGGUCUAUCAUUGAUCCAUAACAUCUGCCUUUUGACAGUCCUUUGUAUUCUCAGUGGAGAUGUACUGUAUUGCUUUGGCACAGUUUCAGUUUAGGGAAUUUAAACUUUAAUGAGUAUUAUCGAAUCAAUCUCUGCUUUCAAGAUUAUUUGUGAUAAGGGCUGAAAAUGAUUCCCCAUAUGUAGUAUAUGCCUCCUUGCACUUUGUAAAUAAAAACUAUACAGUAAUUUUCUGUUUUAAGGUCCUGUAAAAUGAAAAGUGUUGCAAUUGUUACCUGCUGAAUGAGAAUGUUGGGUCCAAUGACCUGCUUUGAACACAGGCAUUCAUUUCUUGAACUAAUUUUUUGAAUCAUAAAUAUAUGUAAUUUGAGAGUAAAAAUAAGUACUUACAUUUUUAUAUAAAUUAAAGAACUAAUCAGAAGGUUUUCUGCACAAGGUUUUCGAUUUGUGUCAAUCGUCACACACCCUGACGUUAUGUGCCAUUUUAAAGUCUUGAUUGAAAAUAAAGCAUAUAUAUUUCACAUUUAUGUCAAAUUAUCUUCAGAGCAAUUUUGUCCAUGUUUUCAAAUUAGGAGUGACGGAAUAAAUCAUUCCAAUUCAUGCAA